GUUAUUUUGAAUUCUAUAUUAUCGUUUUUUUUUAGAUUUUUCACUUGGACUCAAAGAAAUAGAGGUGUGCGAAGUUUACGAAUUUAGAAACUUAGGGUAUUACCCACCGACUAUAAAUUCAAUAAAAGGGCUUUUAUAUCGAUAAGGUCAAUGCUAACAUUCGGCUUCGUAACCGAUACAUAUAUAUUUUCGUAAAUUUUGUUUUUAAAGUUAUAAUUUUAUACGUACGUUUAAUUUUAUUAUACGUCAUAAUUUUGCGACAAGGUUUAUUUUUGAUUCAUAAACAUUAGUUACAUUAAACGUCUUAAAAUAAGCAUUUGUCGCCACAAACAUAUAAAACAAUAAAUCACAAACAAAUGCUAUUUUAAAAUUUUGUUUACAUUCUUACCCGGUAUAAAAACAGCACGCAUGCAUAUAUUUAUGUACGAGUACAUCUCCACAAGCCAUAUGUUGGAUUGAUAUGUCACAACAUUGAGAUCCUUAUCUUAAGACAUCUGCAAUAAUGAAACAUCCUACGUUGGGACGUGACAUACCUACAAAAACGGAAGAUAAGAGUUUCUUCGUACGCAGAUAAUUAAUAUUCACGAUUAAAUGAGAUACCCCUUCAAGAUAAUUAAAAUAUAAGUGUGAGCACGCAAGGAGAACAGUUUACGUAUUGAAAUGGCGUCCGCCAGACUUGUCGGACUCUUCAUUUUACUUUUGUAUUCAAAGGACUCAUACGGGCAGCAAGGCUUGGAAAUUCAGCACUUAGGCCUCCAUGUCGUCGGUAGUCCAAAUGUUGCGUCAUGUCUAUCUAAAAUCCAAGGAUCGAACCCUCUACAAAAUGGACAAAAUAACCCUCAACAACCUAAGCUUCAGCAAUACAAUCUUCAACAACAACAACAGGGUCCCCAACAACAACAGGGCUUCCAACAACAACAGGGCUUCCAACAGCAACAGGGCUUCCAACAACAACAGGGCUAUCAGCAACAGCAAAUUUUGCAACAACAACAGCAAUAUAUCCAACAACAACAAGCCCUUCAACAACAACAAGCUCUUCAACAACAACUGUUUCAGCAACAGGUUUUGCAGCAGUCUACAAACGCGCAGCCCAAUAACUUACAAACACCGGCUAAACAACAAUCCAACACUGUUCAGCAGCCAGUAAAUUCUCAGAAUUUUAACGUCCCCAUUCCAACUAAUCCAUCUUUCAAUUUACAGUUCGUUAAUCAGAAACCUCAAGUAUUUGACUGUAAUAGUUCAUCAUCAACUAAAUCACAACCUCAAGGAUCUCAAAAGAAUAAAGCGACUUCUACUAUUCCUGAAAUAGAGUUGACUUCUCUAAAAUUUAUACCAUUGGAUCCGAACUUCUCACUACAAGGAAAUCCCGAUGCAUCCCUUACGUUCCAGAUCGGAUCACAAGUACAUCAAAUUCCUCUGACCACGCUAACCCAGCCGACAACUUCAACAAAUCAGAAUUUUCAAAAUCAGCCUGUGCAUACUCUGCAAAACCAAGUCUCACCUCAAAUUCAGUCUGUGGUACAACAACAAGUAGACAACAAAUAUACUACUCUUCAAAAUAUGCCCUUCACCUAUGCACAAAGUGUGCCUCCUGGUCAAUUACAAAACCCGUCUGCGGUCGUCCUAGGAUCUAGCUCACCAAUUUUAUCAUCACAUAAAAAUCAACCGACAAUUGCAUUACAAAAUAUGCUGCCUCCUUCGUAUCAAGAUAUAAUGGAAUCGUUAUCUUUGAAAUAUCCGCCAUUUGUAAAUUUCUUACAGAAUCCGCAGAUUCAAACUUCCAUUCCGAACCAGUCAUCAUUGAAUCCUGUUCCAAAUCAAUCUUCGACAAUUCCCGUGUCAAAUAAGCCUAUUGCAAUAUUCCCUGUAACGCAGAUUCCUACAAUUCAACCACCUCAGCACAAUCAACUGCUUAUUUUGCCAAUUAAUACACAGGCAACUUCUAUCCACAGUCAGCCACUUAUGACCUUUUCUCAAAUGGUACCGCAGCCAAUGUUGCAGGGACCACAAAAUCAAGCAAUGAUCGCAUCGCUACAACCACAGCUGCAAAAUCAACCAGUCAUAUCCUCAAAUUCGAUCCAGACGAUUUAUCAGAGUCAAUCCAUCCCACCAGUUUCUUCAUUUAAUAAUCAGCCAAUAUUGGCUCCAACUCAAAACCCAUAUUUGUCGGUGCAGGUGCAAGUCCCACCAGCGCAGAAUGUUCCAACAAUAAUGUCCAUGCCAUCUCCAUCUUUUCUACCAGCCCUAGAGAAUCAACAGCCCUGGUUAGGUUCUCAGGAAUCCGGGUACUCCUCAAUCCAAAAUUUACCCAUCGUAAACCCACAAAGUCAACCAAUAUUUCCAUUCAUUUUGCCUGAAUACCAAACAGCUUUUGUAGCAAAUAGUGGAUUUGGUGGAAAACCAAAGUCAUCAAGCCUCAGAUCCCUUUUGCCAAUACUGAUUAAUAUACUGAAGGAAAACACCAACUGUAGAUGUCCACAUUGCAAUGGUUUAUAUGAUGAUCACGAACCAAAUUUAUUUGGAGAGUGUUCAAAUCAGAGAAAGACGCUUCCCAAUGAAGCAUCCAUAUUUUCAACAUUUACAGCAGACCAUGAAGAGCUAUUGAGGUCAAGUCGAUCAGAGCAAAAUGAAACGAAGCCAAAUGAUUCGGUAACGAAUGAUGAAAGCGCUGAAGAAAACGAAGACAGUUCAGAGUACGUAGAUGAUAAUGAUGAAGAGUAGUUGCUGUACAUAUAAGAAAACUUUAUUUAAUAAAUUAUUGUUUAUCA